CCUCUUUCAAAUAAGUAUUUUAAAAGUGGUGGCAAAAUGUCAUAAGAAAUUCUGUUUUACCGAUUCCAGUGGAAUCCAUACCUUUGCGUACAUGUGGUUUCGUGACAGUUCGACACAAAUCAAGAGUUAAAUUUUAAUAAAAGUGAUUUAAACCAUGGCCGAAGAUGAAGCGAUAUUUGAUCCAACUUUGAAAAAGAAGAAGAAGAAAAAGAAGACAACCUUUGAUAUUGAAGCAGCAUUGGCGGAAGGAACUGCUGACACCCAGGAAGGUGGCAAUGAAGGCGAAGCCAAGGAAGAAGAAAAAGACGAUGAAAACAUAGAUCUCGAUUUAGAUUUUACCAGAAAAAAGAAGAAGAAAAAGAAGCCCUUUUCUACUGAGGAAUUAGAUGCGGCACUUCCUGAUGUGAAAGAUGAUGAAAAUGUUGAUGGUGCGAAUCAGGAAGAGGGUGCUGCGGAUGAUGACUUUGACUUGGACCUGUUGGACUUCAGCAAGUCAAAAAAGAAGAAAAAGAAGAAGACGAAUUUGGAUGAGUUAAUUGCCGAAGCUGAUGAAAAGUCGGAAGAUAAAGAGAAUGUGGAUGACAAUGCAAUCACCUGGAUGGGUUCUGACAGAGAUUAUACUUAUGAAGAAUUGUUAAAUCGUGCCUUUGAAAUUAUGCGGGACAAGAACCCUGAUAUGGCCGCUGGUAAGAAGCAGAAAUUCGUAAUGAGACCACCUCAAGUUGUUAAAAUCGGAGCAAAGAAGACAUCGUUUGCCAACUUUACUGAGAUAUGUAAAAUGUUGCAUCGGCAGCCCAAACAUUUAUUGGAUUUCUUAUUAGCUGAAUUGGGUACAAGUGGAUCAGUGGAUGGUAAUAGUCAACUUAUCAUCAAAGGUAGAUUCCAACAGAAACAAAUUGAAAACGUAUUGAGGAGAUAUAUUAAAGAAUAUGUAACCUGCCACACCUGCAGAUCACCAGACACAAUCUUGCAAAAAGACACCAGAUUGUUCUUCCUUCAGUGUGAGACUUGUGGAUCAAGAUGCUCUGUUGCUAGUAUCAAAUCUGGUUUCCAGGCUGUUACUUCAAAACGUGCUGCCAUUCGAGCAAAAACGGCUUAGGUGAUAAGUUAGGAAUUGCAAUAUUUAUACGAAUAUAUGACGGCACUUUUAUAUUUUAAUGAAACAGUGCUGGUUCUAGGUGUACCAUAAUUUUAGAACAAUUGUUAAUAAACAAUUACUGGCAGAACAUGUUUUAUUUAAUGUUAAAUAAUUUU